GGAACUUCGGAAAUUGUCAAAUAUGGCAAGCGGUAAACGAACGAAACGGGCGUCAGUCAAGCUCACUGUAUUGUAUUUGUAUUUUUCCAUAUUUUGUAGUAUCCAGAAACGAUACUGAGUUUUGAAACUAUAACAGUUUACAAUACUUCAACUACGUGAUUUGACCUAAGGAUUUGACCCAUUCGUGAUCGUGAUCAGCAAUGGGUGGCGCGCGGUGUACGUAUCGUACCUGCACAGUGCGCACGGACGGGCAGACACACUUGUUCCACUAUCCGGUGUUCGACAAGCUGCGGUGCCACCAGUGGCUCACCAACGCGCAGCAACUCUACUUCCUGAACUUGAAGGUUUCACAACUCAAGAACAAGGUUGUCUGUCAGCACCAUUUUAAGGAGGAUCAAUUCAUGAACUAUAAGAAAGACAAACUGACAUGUUUUGCAGUUCCUACAGAAGACGGACCUUUCUGUGACACAGAUGACGAGUCACUUAUAACUGAGAAUGACUUGCUCUCUCCAAUCAAACCAGAAUAUAUCGAAAAUGAAUAUCCCUUCAAUGUCAAUGAGAAAAGAGCUAAAUUUUCUAUGAAAUAUGGAGAUUUUCUGACAAAUUGUGAUGUAAUGGAGACUAACAAUGGCCUCAAUUCAUUGAUAAUACCUAAUUUUACACCUAAAAGAAUGACACCCUUAAGAACGGCUAAAAAAGAGUGUAAACCUAGGCCAUCCAUGAAUAUUUUAAAUGAAGAAGCGUCCGAAAUAAGUAAACCAACUUUAACAUAUCAAAUGAAUAAUAUUCAACAGCUACCACAACAGUAUAAUGUUACGAAAUUAGAACAGAACCAAUCAUCUUCUAUUUCUGAUUUAAUGAAAACAACUGCCACACCAAGCAAGUCCAAGAUUACCAUCUUAUCUGAAGAGAGUUUCAAUAGUCAUAUACCUAUUCCAAUUGAUACAUUCGUAACAGUUUCACCAUCAAUGGUCCUGCAAGCUCCUAAAGGAAAUAAGAAGAGUGUAGAUCCUAAUGCUGAACAUUAUAUUAUUAGUCUGGAACCAUAUCCAAUGGGUAUCACUGAUCCACCCACCAAUCAGAAUGAUAAAUCAGGUCUUAUUACUGAACAAAAUAAUUCAGCACCUAUCAUUACUGAGUUAUGUAAUUCAGCACCUAGGAUUUCUGAGUUAGGUAAUCCAGGACCCAUCAUUACUGAUUCAGUACCCCCUAUCAUUACUGAAUCAAAUAACUCAGUAAACCCCAUGGUUGAGGCACAUAAUGCAGCAACACAGAUUGAUCAAUUCAUACCAGAUUUGUCAAACACAAGCAAAGGUGAAGCUGUCAUAAAGGAAUGGAACAUCAAUGAAGAACGAGAAGCAAAACAAAUGAGUUCACCAACUCUAAAACAAAAUAGAAAAUCUAGCAAAAGAGUUGCUGAUAUAGAACAGAAACGCAAAUUUAACAAGAAAUUACGAGACAUUGUUGAAGAAAGUCUCAACAGAGCUGAUGAAAAUGAAAGUCUAUUAAUUGCUCCCAAAAAACGUAAGCUCCAAAGCAUGGAAGCUAGAGAUCCUCUCAUUACAUAUCUCGAUUCAAGACUAAAACAAAUGGAACAUGCUCUAAUCCAAAGGAUAGACACUAAUAGUCACAGAAUUAAGGAACUCCAAUCUCAGUUCAGUAGUCCCAGAAAGGAGUCAAAAGGUGCCAGAAAAUAUUCAGUGUUUACGCAAACGACAAUUCAUGAUGAACAGACUCAAAAGAAAACUCUUUACAAUGAUAUUUCUAAGUACCUUAGUGCAGAAGCUAAAAGUUUGGUCUUUGAAGAGCUAUUUCUUAAAAAGAUUAUUAAACCACCUUUGAGAUCAAGUAAAAGAAAUGUUAAAACGUAA